GAAAAUACGAGGCUUAACGAUUGUUUCUUCGAAAAGAAGGAUUGGCGAAUGUGCAAGAAAGAGGUUUGUAACCCUAUCCGACUUCUCCGUUUGUUUGCUCCUCAGCUGCGAGCAAUUGGUGGCGGAAUUUGGGCUAAGGCCCUCCUACGAACCAGCACAGAUGGAAGCCUUUAAAGAAUGUUGGAGGUUGAAGGGAAAUAGGGAUAGAACAGACUCCAGAGUGAAUUGACCGACAAAAAGGAGAGUACUGGUAGAUGACUGCCUUUUUCAUUACAUGUAAAUCGUGGUAUCAUAUCAUAAAAAUAUCGGUCCAGUGAUAACAAAACCCCUAUCAUACAAUACCAUAUCGUAUGAACUUCGUACAUACGCAGAUACGCCGUAAACAUCGGUACGAUGGCCCCGGAGUGGGGCAUCCUCCAAUAACCCUGUGAAGAAAACCAAUUGCAACGGGUCUUGGCACUUUUAGUCCUGACAUCCCUUCCCCCCCACCGAAAGGCAAACCCGUCCUUUCCUCAAGCCUCCCCUUCAACACCCAACAACCUCCACAGAGGAGAAGCUCAAACCAUCCCCCCCCCUUGCAUUCGGUGCUCCAUUUCCACAUCUCCUAUUCCCAAAAAUGUUCUCUCUCUCUCGGAGGGUUUUCGGGAGGCGUCUCGCCUUGAAUUCGUCAGCGAGAUUGAUCUCCCCCCCUGCCUCCAGUGGACUCGCGGUCCGAUAUCUGGCGAUCGAUGCUAGGCCCGAACCCAUUGCAAUUAAGCAUCAAAAUCAAAAUACUUCCAUUUCUAAGUCCGGCUUUAACGAUGCCCCAGAAAUCCUUCUUGACGAAGGCUCGGGCGAGAAAGUUGAUUGGGCCAGAUCUUUCCACGGAUUGUCGACGGAACCGUUCCCCAAGGAAGCAGCCGACGUUUUGCUUGCUCCAGUUAACCCCGGUGAUGUUGAGAUCAAACCUGGUGCCCCCCCUCCCGGUAGGAAUCCCUAGCACGAAAUACUAACCAGUCAUGCACUAGAUGGAAUUCUCUAUCUUCCCGAAAUCAAAUAUCGCAGAAUCCUCAACAAGGCUUUUGGCCCUGGCGGUUGGGGUCUGGCGCCCAGGGGUGAAACCAUUGUGACUGAAAAGACGGUCACUAGAGAAUACGCUCUUGUUUGCAAUGGCCGGUAUGUGAUAUCGAGUCCUAGCUUGUACUUCAGUGCUGACAUGCCUUAGCCUCGUUUCUGUUGCUCGUGGCGAACAAGACUACUUUGACCCAAACGGCAUCCCCACUGCCACCGAAGGUUGCAAAUCGAAUGCCUUGAUGCGCACUUGUAAGGAUCUCGGGGUUGGCAGCGAGCUCUGGGACCCACGCUACGUCAAGGACUACAAGAAAAAGUACUGCGAGGAGAAGUUUGUCGAGCAUCAAAUGACGAAGAAGAAGGCGAAGCGCUGGAUCAAGAAGGGAGACCAGAUAGACUACCCCUUUAAGCCAAUUUCUAAUUACGGUUAGAGAAUUGGACUCUAUUCUUCUUUGUCCGCUUGUUUCAUAUAUGAUCCAGCUACGCUAACGGGGCAAUCGAGGAUCCCGGGAACCGGAUUGAAAAUUGUGUAUACUAGCGCUUCCCUUUUACUUGUACCGAUCAAGUUUCAUUUU